UGUCACCUCUCGCACCUCCGAAAAAGCGUCUCAACGGUGAUCAGCAAGGAUUGGAUCCAAUCAGUGAUAACAAGACACAUCCUGCCAAUUGAGCGCCGAGCCACAGGAGAUCAGACUCAGUGCCAUCCUGGGAGCCGACCUGGACUUACUAUUCAUAAUAUGCUGAAGAUAAGCAAUUUAGCUUUAUGCCUAUGGCUCGCUGCCUCAUCACACUGUCUUCCGCCAGAUAAGGUAUCAGCAGCUCACAUCAUCAAGACAAGAAGCAUCGAUCUGAACAAUGCUCACGGGCUGGCCAUGGAAACCCGAUUGGACAGGAUCGUGGAGCCGAGCGGGUACAAAUUGGAGAUCGAGCCUUAUAUGGAGGACGGAGUCUUCAAGGGCCGAGUCAGCAUCAAUGUGACCUUUCUCAAGGACAGUGACGUCAUCCUGAUUCACUGCGGCCACGACCUGGAGAUCACGAAGGUGGACAUCUUUGUGCCGUUCUUUGAUGGCCAGCGAGUGGAGGUCAAAGAAGUCACUUUGGACGCCAAGAAGCCAAUAGCCACUCUACACCUAAGUGCGGUUGUCCCCAAGGGCACCAAGGGUAGCCUGGACUUCGCCUUCAACGGGAACAUGGAGACGAGCCACACUGAGGGCUUCUUCAAGGCCACUUAUAUGGAGAAUGAAGAAGAGAAGGCCCUAGUGGCGACCUCGUUCCGGCCCAACAAUGCGAGACGCAUGUUCCCGUGCUUCGACGAACCCGAGUACAAGGUGGUCUUCGAGCUGAGCGUGGUUCGGCCUAAGAACAUGCUGGCCUUGAGCAACGUCCCCGUGGACAAGACUGAUGAAAUUGAAGGGGAGCCGAACGCAGUGUGGGACCACUUUGAGCUGACGCCUCCGAUGUCCACCUUCACCCUGGGCAUCGUCAUUGGCGACCUGAAGCAGGUCAACAUGAGCGUCUUCAAGGACAGGCUUGGGAAUAACAUUGAGCUCCGCGUCUGGGGCCGUUCAGAGUUCGUGCCGGCCCUAGUUGGAGUGAUGGACAAGAUCCUGGUGGUCUACAAGCACAUCACGCAGCUUAUGAAGUCGCCGCUACCAGUCAGUCGUUUGGAUUUUGUCGCCUUGCCGAAUUACCAGGGCGUGAAGCCUGUUGACAAUUGGGGGCUUAUUAUAUUCAAGGAAAGUGACCUGAGCAGUAAGGGCUACCUUCAGUUGACUCAAGAGAUCCUGUACCAAUGGCUUGGAUCCUUAGCCACCCCAGCGUGGUGGUCGGAUGCCCACAUCAACAAGGCUCUUGUUGGAUACUUAGCUGCGGAUAUUGCUUUUAAGGUCAACGGCGGCUCAGAAAUGGAAGGUAAAUGGCCGAUGACAGUACUGUACUCGCUUUACUACGAGUUCAGCAAGCGCUACCCGCACUCGCGCAUCACCGGCAUGAAACAGGAGACAGCCUGCACCAAGAUCGAGCUGCUCUUCAGAAUGUUCAACUAUACCCUUGGGGGAGAUACUUUCAAGAAGGGGCUGCAGAAGUUUAUCGAGUCCCGAAAAUUCCAAACGUUUACUGGUGAUGACAUUUGGGAGAACCUAAAUACUGCCGCUCGUGCAGACGGGAAGAUCCCUCAAGAUAUGAACAUCAAGGACGUAGUGAAGAGCUGGAUAGACAAAGACAGGUUGCCUCUCAUCAAAGCUGAGAGGAAGUACGAUACCAACAAGCUUGUCAUCACGCAGAAAGUGUUCCUACGAGAACGACCACAUGACGUACCCGAUGCAGCAAAAAUGUCAUGGCCAGUGCCCAUCAUAAUCGCGAGAGAGGACCGCCUCAACUUCUCCCACACCGUGCCCAGUAGCUGGCUGAAGGAUAAGAAGGAAUUGACCAUCAAAUCCAUGCCGAACAAAGACCAGUUUAUCAUCGUGAACCCUGAAGAAAUUGGACCAUUCCCGGUCAAUUACGACCAGCAAAAUUGGAUCCUCCUCUCCAACUACCUUCAAGGCAAGGACCGGCUCAAGAUCCCAGAACUGACUCGCGCUAAGCUGCUCCAUGAUGCGUGGAACUUGGCGUAUGCUGGGGACCUCUCGUUUGCCACUGCGUUAAAUAUGACCCUGUUCUUGAAGGAUGAGAGGCACCACUUAGUUUGGGACCCUGUGUUCACGAUGAUAGAUCACAUUGGAAGACAUAUCUGUUCGUGUAUCCACGGGAAAUUCAGGGCGUACGUACGAAUCCUGCUAACACCCUUGUACCAAGAGCUGAUAAAGAAUGAGCGAGAGGACGAGGAGAACUGGCGGAAGAACCUCCGUAGUCUGACCAAGACGUUCCUCUGCCAGGCAGGAUACAAGCCCUGCAUCAAGGAGGCGCAGGAACACUACAGCAAGUGGAUGGAGGCUAAGAACCCAGACGAAGGGAAUCCGAUCUCAAACCAAUACAUCUGUCCAGUCUUCAAAUGGGGCACCAAGAAGGAAUGGGAGUUUGGUCUCCAGAGAGUGAUUAACUUCCCCCCUUCAAGAAAACAGAGCGAGAGGACAUAUCUCCUCAAAACUCUUGCUGGAUGUCCUAUAGACGAGUACAAAAUUAACAGAUUAUUAAAUAUAACGAUAUUAGAAGGAAAUGGAAAUUUCACGGAGACAGACCUGUUCCUUAUAUUCAGUAUGCUGACAGGAAGCUCUCAAGGAUACACGACGCUCUUCCACUUUGUGAAUAACAAUUGGGAUGUAUUGAAGGAAAAAUUCAUCAGCAAAACCAACCUUUGGGAUAACCUGAUCACUUCAGCCACCUCUCAAUUCACCACUGAAGAAGGUCUAGAACUGGUGUCAAAUCUAUACGUGGCCCACCAAGGAGAAUUCGCGUCAGCUGAGCACAUCAUCGAGAAGUCUAUGAGGAACAUUCGAGAAGAAUCUAAAUGGUCUGCGGAGAAUUUGCCUGUGAUCGAGAAGUGGUUGGAUGCGUAUCUAGCGAAUUCUAGUGUCAAAGAUGAUUUACAUAUGUAGAACUGAGUAUAAUAACUAUUUAAACAUUUAAUACUAUGUAAUAGUAUUUAUAACUAUUUUUUUAUGUAUCGUAUGGUACGUUGUCAUUUAAACAACGAUUUAGUAUUUUUGUUGUAUAGUCGACAGCACAUCACGCUGCACAAUUUAUAACUGACUAACUUUGGCCCGCGGCUUCGCCCGCGUAAAUUUCUCUGCAAAAGCUGGACAGACAUGAUUUUCAUACAAAAUUUCACCCCCCCCACUAUAGUCAUUUGCGGGUUGAUUUUUGAAAAAAAAAGUAGCCUAUGUUUGAAUUGAGGGUAUUUAACUACAUGCAUUUUGCAGUUUCAUCAAAAGCUCCAGCGUCUUUAGCCUUGAAAGCGGAACAGACAGACAGACUUUCAUAUUUUUAUGGAUUAUUAUAGAUUGGAAAUUCCAUUCAUUGUGCUCUGUUGUUUUCUAUAGAGUUUGAUGUCGUAUGUCGAAUCUCCAUAUUGUUUCUGCGUCGUCCGUCGACAGACGUCAAAACAACAGACGACGGAGCUAUUGAAAUUCGGCUGACCGAAAGAGCUUUCGAGUGAUUUGAUGAAAGUAAUAUUGUAUCUAUCUGAAUUCGGUUUAAACCAUAAGCAUACAUUUAUUUAUUAAGUAUAUAUGAAUGUUUCAUAAGAGAAAAUAUUCGCUUAGGUUAAGUUAUAAGUACAGGGACUGUUUAAUUAGAGAAUGAAAAUUUGAACGUAAAUUAAGUAUUAACUUUAAAUAAUAAAAUAAUAAAUAUACUUGAAUCAAAGCAAAUUGAUGAAACGACACGCAUUUUGAUCAUUUUGAAUAAAAUUUUUAAGUCACAA